AAAACAUACUAAGCCAUACAGCUGAUGAAUAAAAUGUCUUUAUUUGAUUUUUUACCAAAAACCGAAAAGUGUUGUGUUUACUCUAAUUUAAGGACUGGUUCCAUUCUUAUUGCUUUGUUUAUUGUUUUUACCCUAGGUAUGGCAACAUGGACCUUAAUAACUCCGCCGGCAGAAAUUAAAAGAAUAAUUACGGUUAUAAUGUCAAUAUUAACUGGACUUUAUGUUAUAAGUGCCUUGGUUUUUCUUCUUGGUAUAUGCAUGGACAAAAAAAUCACAGCCGAAAUAUUUUUGUUUUCAUUGGGCUUCCAACUAAUAAGUUUACUUAUAAUUAUUUUCACUGGCGUUGUUUGGGGGUUUUUAGGAGAGAAUUUGUCCAUAAGUGGUAUUAGUAUGAACGUAUUUGCAUGCUUAUUGACUGGCUACUUCAUGAUUGUGGUGAGGAGUUAUAAGGAAGAAAUGAUGCAAUAGCUGUAAUAUCUUCGUAGAUAAUUAAGUAAAAAGAAUAUGGAAUCAAGACAGCUGAGUUCGAGAUAACUAUCUAUCUGUUAAACUUGCAUAUUUGAACUUAAACGUUGCUAAGUA